AUGUAGCCUAAUGUAUGAUGACUUUUUCUCUCACUCUAUCUGUGCAUGUGUGUAAAUAUGCGCAUAUAUUUUUGGACUAUACCAAGCAUGCAAUAAAUGUGUUUUUGAAUACGUGGUUUAGGGGUUGCGCGACAGAAAUCGGCAAACCCUGGGAGUUUUCACCAAUCCGGGUCAAACUUCGUCUUUUGGUUUCACUUCCUAGUUAACUCUGAAGGUGCGGAACCAAGCCAACAGCACUCUCUAGUCCGCUGGAGACUCUUUCGUUUUCUGACGCGACUCGAGGUCGGACUCGGAAAACCCGCACAUCUCGGAGGACCUCGACUCGACUUUUCGCGACGCACGAGCGCGCGCCUCGCGGGUAAGAUGGGCUCGCGCGGGCGCGCGGGGUCUCACCUGAGGCUGCUGACGUCACACCGCGAGCUGCUGGUGGAGCAGGUGAAGAACACGCAGUGCAUUCUGGACAAUCUCCAGCUGAACGGCUUCAUCUGUACCGAAGACGUCGAGAUCAUCCAGCGCGGCGGCACCAAGACCGAGCAGGUUCGCAAAAUCCUGGAGCUGGUUCAGAGUAAAGGAGAGGAGUGCUCAGCAUAUUUCAUACACAUUCUUCAUGAAGCAUAUGACGCUUACAUCGAUCUGCGGCCAUGGUUCGAAGAAAUUCAGUACAUACCACUGGACACUAUCAGCGUCAUACCAGUGGUUAACACCGACCCCAUUAGCAAGUACUGUGAGAAGCUGAGAUACGAGCUGGGAAGAGACACUCGAUUCAUCACAUCGUACUCGAAGAGCGAGGAGACGCUGCUGGAGGAUCUUUACACGGACACUCAGAUGGAGCUCCUGAACGACAGAGGCGAGAGUCUGGGAUACUUACAGAGUCUGGAUGAGCUUCUGGGAGAGCAGGGAGUCUUCAACCCACAGGCCGAGACCAUCUUCAUCACCGGAGACGCUGGCGUGGGCAAAUCCAUCGUCCUUCAGAAGCUGCAGAACCUGUGGUCCAGACGAGAUCUAAAAACACGUGCCAAGUUCUUCUUCAAGUUCAGAUGCAGGAUGUUCAGCGCCUUUAAGGAAACGGACGAGAUCUCGCUAAAGGAUCUGAUCUUUAAACACAACUGCUACCCAGACGGCGAUCUCGACAACGAGGUCUUCACCUACAUCCUGCGAUUCCCAGAAACGGUGCUUUUCACUUUUGACGGGUAUGAUGAAAUCCAAGCGGAUUUUGACUUGGAUAACGUGCCGGAGACCGUUUCCCCGGAAGAAAAGACCCGUCCGCUUUUGCUUCUCAUGAACUUGCUUUGCGGGAAACUGCUCAAGGGUUCCCGGAAGAUUCUGACGGCGCGAAGCGGCACCGAAGUCCAAAGCAGAGUGAUCCUGAAGAAAGUCUACUUGAAGGGAUUCUCACCCGAACACCUGAAGAGAUACACGGCUUUGCAUUUCCCAGAGAAGGAACACAAGACGAUGGUCACCGAUCAGCUGGACGCCAAUCCUCAUCUCUGCGGUCUUUGCUCCAUUCCACUGUUCAGCUGGAUCAUCCUCAAGAGCUUCAAGCAUCUUCAUUCGGUCUAUGAAAACUUUGAGUUGCCGGAUUCUUGCAUCACGCUCACAAACGUCUUCUUGCUUCUCUCUGAGGUCUUUCUCGGACACUCGAUCGCACGUCCUGGACUUUUAAAACGAAGUACGAGGUGUCCAGCGGAGACCUUUAAAGCUGGUGAGCGAAAGCUUUCGGCUUUUUCUCGACUGGCCUUGCAUGGUCUAGAACGGGGAGGACUUGUGUUCAGUAUGGAGGAAGUAAUAUCCUGUGGGUUAGAAGACGAAGACCUUCAGUUUGGCUUCCUGAGGCCUGCUUCACAUUACGAUGGAUGCGGAAGCUCUGCAACCUUCGAGUUCCUCCACGAGACGCUCCAGGCCUUCUUAGCUGCGUUUUCAUUGGUGCUGGACUCCAAAACCACUCCUGAAUCUAUUCUGAGGUUCUUCUCCAAAUGCGAGUACAAGAGGUCGUCGCGUCUCUCCUGCUUGCCUUGUCUGGGAAAGCCGAGACCUAGAGAUAAAGACCCUUUCCAAACCAACUUCCAGUUCACCAAUUUAUUUCUAUGCGGCCUGUUGUCCAAACCCAACUCUGCUCUUCUGGAGCAUCUCGUUCCUCCGGUGUUGUUGAAGCAAAAGCGCAAGAUGCUCAAGUCUUACCUAUCCAACAGCGUGAAGACGCAUCUUAAAGGUCUUCCUCGGUAUCCAUCCACAGACAUCAAGGGCGACAAGGUGCAUGCGAUGCCAAACUUCUUGUGGAUGCUGCGGUGCAUAUUCGAGACGAACAGCGAGGAUGUUGCCAAGAUGACAGCCAAUGGCAUUUCGGCGGAGUACAUUAAGAUCGCCUUCUGUAACAUUUACUCAGCCGAUUGCAGCGCCUUGAACUUUGUCCUCCACCAUCGUAGGAAGCAGCUAGGAGUCGAUAUGGACAAUAACAACAUCAAUGAUUAUGGCGUGAAGCAACUGAGGCCCUCUUUCAGCAAAAUGACGGUAGUAAGACUUUGCGUGAAUCAGCUGACGGACAGCAGUAUUGAGGUUCUGGCAGAGGAACUGAUCAGACACAAAAUCAUUAAAGUCUUGGGUCUUUACAAAAACUACAUCACAGACGUUGGAGCCAAACAAGUAGCAAAGAUUAUUGAAGAAUGUCCACACUUGAAGGUUGUCAAGCUCGGCUGCAACAACAUCACAGGUGUGGGUGGAAAACACCUGGCCGAUGCCAUCCACAAGAGCAAAUCUAUCUUCGAUGUGGGAAUGUGGGGAAACACCAUUGGAGACGAGGGAGCAGAUGCUUUCGCGGAGGCUCUGAAGAAUCACCCAAGCCUGACCAACCUCAGUCUCUCGGCCAAUGGCAUUACGGCUCACGGUGGACGAAGUCUGGCGAAAGCACUGAAGGAAAACACAAGCCUUCACAUCUUCUGGUUGAUACAGAACAAAAUCUCUGAUGAUGCAGCGUCAGACUUCGCGGAGGCCUUCAGAUCUAACUCUACUCUGACACAUCUGAUGCUGAUAGAAAAUGAGUUCACCAUUAAUGGAGCCAAACAGAUGUCUGAAGGCCUGACUACCAACACUACGCUGAAGGAAGUCAAUAUUAAAGGAAGCAGCGUCUCAGAAGAAGAAGAGCGACUCUACGAGGGCGACAAGAGGCUUCGCUUCCACUGAGAGGAACCAGCAAAACACGUGAUCUGAGAAAAGACUGAGAAAAGGAGGAAGUUGGUGUUACGUCACAGCAAUCGGUUUACUUCAGUAACAGAAGCACAGCUGGAUUCGAAACGGUCAGCCGGGGGUUUCACACCAGAACAAAACCCAGUUAGAUGAAACUCUUUGGUAAUAAUUAAAACAUUUUUAGGGAUGCACCGAUACUGAGCUCCUGUACUCAUGAACAUGCCAGAACCAUACAGAGCUAGGUUAAAAAAAACAACAUUUAGCAGAUGGUUUUAUCCAAAUGAUGACAACAGAAGCUUAUGCUCAUGAGUUAACAUUUUGCACUUUCUGUAAAAAGGUUGAAAGAAAUCAAGAGGGCUCAUAAAAAAUGUUUUUUAUAUGUAGGAUUGUCCUGAACAAGCCGUUUCACGUUGCAGAUGUUUACACGUACGCAAGCCAAAAUAACUCCAUUUAUAAAAAUAACACACAAAAGUUUACACACCCUUGAACUGUACCUAUGUGUGAUAUUGAAGGGAGUCCUGUGUUGAUCCAGCUCCUGAACAUCCUUUGGUUUUAAAGCAUCCGCAUAUGAUUGUGAAGGUCAUCUUUUAACUCCGGGGACAACUGAGGGAGUCAUGCAUAACUUUUACAAAACAUGCUCCACACGAUGCAUUAAGAGCUGGGGGUCAACUCUUUAAGCGAGAUCAGAGGUACAUUGCACUUAUUUAGUCUUCUGGGAAACAUGAGAGUAUUCAUAUAGCUUCUGAUGUCCAGUACUAAAUGAAAAAACAUGAUUGUUAAGCAAAAUUAGAAUUUACAAGUCAUCGUCCUGUUCAGAAGUUUACACCCCCCAUCUUUUAAUGCACGGCGUUCUCGAGCAUCAGUAAAUGUUUUCAUAUUUUCACCUUUUGUAACAGUUGUCCUCUGUGUGAAAAUAUUAAGGUUUACAGCUGUUACCCAGUUAUUUUACACGUCAAACCUACAAAACUUUAUUCAAAAGCAAAAAGUGAAACGCUCUAUACGCGUUUCUGUCCGUGUGCAUCGAUACAAAUGAUGACGUUGAUGUUAAUGGCACAUGAUUCACAGCUUACAUUUUCCUACCUAAUGUUUUUUUGGUUGUUUUUAAUACAAAUGCAAUGAAAAUACACGCAGGUAUGAAAGUAGGCUCUCUGUAUCAGACUCUUAUUCGCUGUUUUUAAUGCAUUAACUACGGCUCGCAAUUACAAGCAUAAUUACAAUACUUUUCGAUUAUUGUCACGCCUUAAAGUGAAAUGCAUUCAAACGCAAAACCACCAACGAAUGCUUCAUAAUAUUCGAAUGCAUUUUAACUUUGCUUACAAUUAUUGUACAAUUAAUAUAAUGCAUCACAAUGCACAUUAUGAAUGUGCUUAUAAAGCAUUAUACACAAGGGCUUCAAGUGUUAUUAGGAUUUGAAAUAUUUUACACAUGUAUUUGCUCCAUAAUGGUGCUGUUAUCAAUCAAUUGUUCAUUCACUGCACUAAAGAUGAUUAAAAAUCACAAUCAGACAGAAGGACAUCCAAACAAGCAUAUAAAGAUCUUUUUUUUUAAUCUCAUUAUCUCUGUACAGUUGUUUUUUACAUGUAUGGAAUGUUACAAUAUCUCGAAAUCAUUAAAAACCCCUUUAUGAUC